UUAUCUCACAUCCCUCUAACCCUCUCUUCUCUCUGCCUCCGCCCGCAGCCGUCUUUCUUUCCUCCACAGGCGAUCAAAACCAAUCGCCACCACCUCCUAGUGCCAUCUCCGAUCUCGCUUCCCUCGAUACCGCUCCUCCUUCGACCAGUAGCAAGCCAGAUCCCCCUCCCCCCAAAUCCCGGGGAGACCACUGAAACGACAGCCGGCAAAGACGCCGACCAAGAGCGACGCCGACUUCGCACCGUUUCCUCCGUUCGUCGCUUCCUCUGUUUGUCGGGCACGGAGCCUUCAGAUCAUCUGACCUCGUUCUAUUGUUUUGCCGGCGGGAUUGCGGCGAUUUAGAGCUCU